GUCAGUCUUAGUUCUGUCCGAGUGUUGAGAGACAGCGGACUGCCGAGCGUCAUGGGCAGUCAUUGGGUGGUGGUGGUGGUGGCAGUCGGGGCGUGUCUGCUUCACAACCCCGAGGCCAGACCAGCGCAGACCCCAAAUGACCCUCCGUAUGCUCCCCCAAGACAAGGCUCCUCCCGAAGCUUAGUCAAACUCCAGACCCUUCCCCAGCACACCCAGGGGUCCCUCAACGCCGUGUGGGACCAGAAACUCCAGCGCUACAGAGGGGAGAGCGCGCAAAAGGACCAGGUAUCAUUCUUCGAGGCACCGGGGCAAGGGCGGUAUUCCUUUGGCUACGGGGACAAGGCUGCAUCGCAUGUCCAAGCCGCCAACGGACAAGGACAGACCGUGGGGCGUUACUCCUACACGGACUCUGCCGGCAAGGACGUCCAGGUGCAUUACGUGUCAGGCACGGACGGGUUCAGGGUGAUUAGCAACAACUUACCUGAGGAGACGGACGAGGUGAAGAGGGCACGUGAGUCUUUCUUUAAGAUCUUUGAGGCCCAGAAGAAGUUACUGGAGGAGACCCGAUCCCAGAGAGCCCGCCAGAGGGAGUCAAGAGGAAGAGGAAGAGGAGGAGGAGAGAAGGCUACCCCGAAACAAGAGGCACCAGUUAGUCUAAGAGGAGGAAAGCAAGCAGACACCAUUCAAGAGAAAGCAACAGCAGUUUCAAGAGGAAGAGGAGGAGAGAAAGCUACCCCGAAACAAGAGGCACCAGUUAGUCUAAGAGGAGGAAAGCAAGCAGACACCAUUCAAGAGAAAGCAACAGCUGUUUCAAGAGGAAGAGGAGGAGGAGGAGAGAAAGCUACCCCGAAACAAGAGGCAACAGUUAGUCUAAGAGGAGGAAAGAAAGCAGCCACCAAUCAAGAGGAAGCAACAUCUGUUUCAAGAGGAAGAGGAGGAUCAGCUGCCAGAAAGCAAGAUGGAGGAGCGGAGAAACAAGAGGAAAAGGUCGCCGUUCAAGAGGAAGAGGAGAGAAGGCGUCCCGCUUGGUCCCCGAGCAGAAUAAGAAGUGGGAAGGAAGAGGAGAAAGAGGAAGAGGAGGCGGGAGAGGGGGAGGAAGGGGAGGGAGAAGAAGGAGAGGAGGGGGAGGGAGAGGAAGGAGGUGAAGGAGAGGGAGAAGAAGAGGAAGGGGAGGAAGGAGGAGAAGGAGAAGAGGAAGGAGGUGAAGGGGAGGGAGAAGAAGAGGAAGGGGAGGAAGGAGGAGAAGGAGAAGAGGAAGAGGAAGGAGGUGAAGGGGAGGGAGAAGAAGAGGAAGGGGAGGAAGGAGGAGAAGGAGAAGAGGGAGAAGAGGAAGAGGAGGGAGGUGAGGGAGAAGGAGAGGAAGAGGAGGGAGAAGAAGGUGAAGGAGAGAAAGAAGAGGGAGAAGGAGAAGAGGAAGAAGGAGAGGAAGAGGAGGGAGAAGAAGGAGAAGGAGAGGAGGGUGAAGAAGGAGAGGAAGGUGAAGAAGGAGAAGAAGAGGAGGGAGAAGAGGGAGAGGGAGAAGAGGGUGAAGGAGAGGAAGAAGAGGGAGAAGAAGAAGAAGAAGGAGAAGAGGAGGGAGAAGAAGAGGAAGGAGAAGAAGAGGAGGGAGAGGAGGAGGAAGGAGAAGAGGGAGAGGAAGGUGAAGAGGGUGAAGAAGAGGAGGAAGAGGAAGAGGAAGAGGAAGAGGAGGAGGAAGAGGAAGAAGACGAAGAAGAGGAGGAGGACGACGAGGAAGACGAAGAUGAGGGAGGAGAGGAAGAGUCAGAAGAGGAAGACAGUGAGGAAGAGGAAGAGUCCGAGGAAGAUAGCUCCUCUUCCUCCUCUUCCUCUUCCAGCAGCGAAGAGGACAGUGACGAGGAGGAAGACUCAGAAGAAGAGGAAGAGGAAGACAGCGAGGAGGAAGAUGAAGACGAAGAAGACGAGGAAGAGGACGAAGAGGAGGAGGAGGAAGAGGAAGAAGAAGAAGAAGAAGAAGAAGAAGAGGAGGAGGAGGAGGAGGAGGAAGGCGAAGAGGGAGAAGAGGGCGAGGAAGGAGAGGAAGAAGAGGAAGAAAAGGAAGAGGAAGAGGAGGAAGAGGAAGAGGAGGAAGACGAUGAUGAAGGAGGAGAAGAAGAAUCAGAAGAAGAGGAAGACAGCGAGGAAGAGGAGGAUUCUGAGGAGGACAGUUCUUCUUCCUCUUCCUCUUCCUCUAGCAGUGAAGAGGACUCCGACGAAGAGGAGGAAGAUAGCGAGAAGGAGGGCGACGAUGAUGAAGAUGAAGAAGACGAAGAAGAGGAGGGAGAGGAAGACGAAGAAGGGGAGGAAGAGGAGGAGGAAGGCGAAGAAGAAGAGGAGGACGAAGAUGAGGAGGAGGAAGAAGACUCAGAAGAGGAAGAUUCAGAGGACGAGGAAGACAGCUCCAGCUCCUCCUCUUCCUCCUCCUCCUCCUCGGAAGAAGACUCAGAUGAAGAUGAUGAAGAGGACUCAGAGGAUGAAGACGAAGACGAAGAAGGGGAAGAAGAGGAGGAGGAGGAGGAGGAGGAGGAGGAGAAAGGAGAAACAGUAGCGGAGAGAGCAGGGAACUGGGGGUAUAACUGGCUAAGAGGAGGAGUGAGAAGGCGAACAGGAGGAGGAGGAGGAGGAGGAGGAGGAGGGGGAGGAGGAGGAGGAAGACCGGAAGGAAGAGCAGGAGGCACAGGUCAGACAAACACACAACAGGUAACACAAGCCAAUCAACAGGUGACUCAACAGGUAAACACACAGAACUCAAUACCAGCAACACGAAGCUACGACACUUUGAACGAAUCGCAACUCUUGGCAAAAUUCAACAGGGACUUCGGUAAACGUCUGUACAAAUCGACCAUCCACUACCCAGGUAACUGAAAACGUACUUAGAGGCAGGUAGGAAACGUUGGUGAGGUUGAUGAACGUUGGCGAGGUUAGGGAAAGACGUUUGGGGGUUGAGGAACGUCUGGAAAGGUAAAGGAAAGGUUUGAAGGUAGAAAAAGAAAGGGCUUAGUACGUAAGGUAGAAAAAAACGUCUGUGAAGUAGAAAGAAAAAUAAAAUAAAAUAAAGAGAAAUGUUUGGUUGGAUGGUGACAGCGUUGGUGGAGUUGAAAAACGUUAGUGUGAAGCCAGAAAACGUUUGUGAGAGGGAACAUUUGUGAGGUACUGCAACGUUUGUGAGGUGGAAGAAAACGUUAGUAAAGCUUAAGAAACGUUUGUGAGUUGAGGAACAAACCUUAUAUAGUCAGACGAAAGAAUAUAAAAAAAAACGUCUAAGGUUAAUUAAAUUAAUAAUAAUAUAUAUUUACACGAAUCAAACUUCCUUCUGUAUAUAUUUAAACUUGCUCUUGUAUAUACAUAAAGAAAUUUCUAUAUAUA